AUGGGGAAAACCCUCGACACAGAGAAGCUGGGUUCAGUAUUUGGAACCCGGCCAGAUAUUUUACAAAACAUCCAGAAAGCUGCUGACUCUCCUGGAAGAAUCGCCUUGUUCAACGAAAUUGCGACUCAUGUUUACGAUCAGUUAUUAAAUGUGGGCAGCGAACCCGCGCAUAAGAAGAGAAGAGUCGAUGUUCAGCAGUCCAACGGAGCUGCGAACGGUACAAAACCUCCCGUCAAGACUGAGACUAACGCUGCGGACGAGUCUGUGCUGCUGGAAAUUAAAGAAAUAUCUGUUUCGGUACCUCAAAGGAAGAAGUUUGAGUUGUGUUUUACCGACGGCCACAUCUACGCUCGUGCGCCAAACACUACAGCUCCAAUUCCAGCUAUAACACACGCGUGGUCGGAUAUAGAAUAUGCUUUUUACCUCCCCGUACCCGAAAAGAACCAGGUCCAGCAUAACUACAUCCUUUUCCCCCGAGGAACAUGUCUACCUUCCAAGACGAACCCUCCGACCGAAGAGCCGCUUGUUUUUACAGUACCCGCGACGGCUCCCAAGCAGGGCACGAUAGGUGGACCAGAUGCUGGAAGUGCAGCAGCAGUUUCGGACAAUUACAAGUCUUUGUUCCAUUGGGUCUUGACCCGUCACCUUAAGCCCAAUGGCAUUGAUAUCACAUCAGCAAACCCCAACAAGUUUCAUAGCAUGGUGCGACAACCUCAUCGACCGAGCGAGAGAGCUGUGCAUGUCAAGGCCUUCAGGGGCUCGAAAGACGGUUACUUGUUCUUCCUUGAAACCGGCAUUCUGUGGGGAUUCAAGAAGCCUCUUAUGUUCAUCCCGCUAAAUCGCAUUGCGGCAACGAGUUACACCAACAUUCUGCAGCGAACAUUUAACGUUGCCAUUGAGGUGCUUGUAGGCGAGGGUGACGAGACAGAAGAGGCCGAAUUCUCCAUGAUUGACCAGGAGGACUACGGUGGUAUUGACGACUACAUCAAGACACACCGCCUGCAAGAUCGCAGUAUGGCUGAGCAGAGGAAGGCCAAGCUUGAGCUAGCGGAGAAUCGAGCAAAGAAGAAUGGCGAGGAGGCCGAGGGUGCUGCGGCUGCCGGUGGUGAUAUAUCCGAACUUGCAAAGGCGGAACUCGAUGCCGAGCAAGCGCUACAGGAUGAAGAGGAUGAGGACGAGGAGGACUACGAUCCUGGUAGCGAUGGUGAUACUGACGGCUCUGGAGAGUCGGACGAUGAUGACAGUGACGACGAUGACGAAGAUGAUGAAGAAGACGAGGAGGACGGUGAGGGAGAAGACGAAGAAGGCGAAGAUCAAGCUGAGGACGACGAAGAGGAAGAGCCAGCGGAGAUCAAGAAAGAAGUGAAGAAGGAACCCAAGAAGGAAGUAAAAAAGGAGGUGAAGAAGGUGGUGAAGGCGGAGGUCAAGAAAGAGGUGAAACAGGAAGCGCCCGCACCACCACCAAAACCUGUCCAACAACCCACUGUGAAAUCAGGCUGGGCGGCACUCAGAAGCGUUCCUCGAGCACCAGCUCCCGAGAGCAUGGAUCUGGACGAGGAAAAGUUUGAUGUCGUCUAG